AUGCCAGGUCGAUUCACCAUGGAUGACGAUGCGGGAUCCCUCGUUUCCCAAGAUUCUGUUCCAGAUAUGGAUUUUGUCGAGAGAGCCAACCAAAUGAUGGCUGAUACAAAAAAGCGCCGUGAUGCAAAGCGUAACAAGAUUGAAAAUGAACGUGCUCAGCGCACCAAGGAAGUCAGGAAGAAGCUUGGUGUUUUGUAUGAGAAUAAGAGAAUCCAAAGAGGCAAACUUCAAAAGGCUCAGUGGAAACAACUUCAUUCCCUGGACAAGAAACGCCAAGAACUUGAACGUCGCAUAUUGGACAGCAUGAAAAUCAUCGAGAGUAAUACUUUGAGCAUAGCUCGAGAAUUUAACGCUGUUAUUCUUGCUCGUUUGAGUGCCAUGGAGAACCUGACCGAUAUCAAGGACGCUUCUUGA